UCUCUGUUUCCCCCUCUCUCUCACUACACUACCUCCCCACCUCCGCACCAGUCCACUCUCUCUCUCUCUCUCUACAUUUUCUGUUCCCUUUUUCAACAUUGAACACUCUCCAUUCGCUUCCGAGUUUCACGGGUUUUGUUAGGUACUUUUCUGAACCCUAAUCAGGUUAAAGCAGUGAAGAUAAAGGAGAAAAGGCGUCGACUUGGUUGCUAGUUUUCUAAGCAAUGAGUCCUGGUCAAAGCAAACUGCCGUCAGAUUCGAUCAAAGUAGUCCCUGGAAGAAGUAAACUGCGGGUUGAAUCUUCAAACCCAGUUGCUAGAGGGAAUCCAGUACCUAGACCUUCCAAGGUGAAGCCCAUCGCACCAGAGGAAGCUAUAAAACUACAUUCUGGUGUCAGUCAAGUGCGGUUUCCUCCUCCACCUUCUGAAUCAUCAAGACCUUAUAAGUAUUCUCGUCCAAGUUUUGAAUCAAGACUUAAGCCUGUUCCUGCAACUUUUGGAUCACAAAGACGUCAGCCUUCUCGUGCAACUUUCGAAUCAUCAAGACGUGAGCCUGUUCCUCCACCUUUCGAAUCAUCAAGACCUAAGCCUGUUCCUGCAACUUUUGAAUCACAAAGACCUAAGCCUGCUCGUGCUACUUUUGAAGCACCAAGAAAUGUCCCGGCUCGUCCAAAUUUUAAACCACCAAGACCUGUCCCACCUCGUCAAACUUCUAAACCACCAGAACCUGUCCCGGCUCGUCCUGCACCAUGUCUCAGAAAAGAAAUUGUUUGUGGUCUUCGAGCUGCUUCGAGUAUGGAUACAACAACAGUGAGAAAGAGAUCCAAUCCAAGAAGUCUCCAUCAACCUAGGGAGGUUGAGCUUCCUCCUAGUCCAAGUGCUUUGCAGAUUCCUUCAAGAGUGGAGCUUCCUCCUAGUCCAAGUUCUUUGCAGAUUCCUUCAAGAGUUCAAAGACGAGCUACUACUGAUGCAAUGACGCAUACAAUAGAAGAGACAGUUGUGGAAGUAAGUGACAAAGCCAAAGAUCAUGGUUCCAAGGAGACAUGUCGAUCAACUUCUGAAGAAAGGAUUUCAGAGCUACUUCUGUAUCGACCAGCUUUGCUCCCUACUUGGAA